AUGACUGAACUCCCGUAUCCUGUUGGAUGGUGGCCUCUUGAGUCCAGCUACAAAGGAACUGACGUCACCGGAAACGGAAACCAUGCAACCCUCUCAUCUGAGUUAUAUCCAACCCAGGGCCCUUUUGGCGGGAAAAACGACGCCUACGCCUUAGCGGGCACUAUUAACUCUCACAUCGUCAUACCUAACAAUGGCAAGCUAGACGUCCGUUAUUCCUACACCUUUACAGCAUAUUUCAUGCCAAAAGGGGGAAAUGGUCCAUUAUUUGAUUACGAUACAGACGAUCCAAGCCACACUUGGGGUUUUCAUAUCUGGAACCACGCGGACCCAAACAAUCUCGGGGUCUACCACUUUGACCGCUCCUUUGUAAACCGAGGCUCCACAAGCGUUAGUUUCUUCGCAGACAGUGUAUGGAGCCAUCUUGCCAUUACAUACGACUACGCAUCCAACCAAGUGUUCUACUACCGGAACGGAGUACUCGUGCAUUCUUGGAACCCUACACAGCAAGAACUUGCGACCGCAGGUAGUAAAAUCCGCAUUGGUUACAAGCCUUAUGACAAUGGGGCAAACUACCUGACAAAGGGGAGAAUAAGUUGCAUCAAGUUGUAUAAUGUGGCCCUGUCUCAGCAUGACAUCAAGCGAACCAUGCGGAGGUGUACACCAGAGGGCAGCACAGAGUUGGACACACAUCCACUCCCUGUUGGCUGGUGGCCAUUGGACGCAGCUCAUGGCUCCCAUGACGUCACAGGCCAUGGAAAUGAAGCUACUAUGAGUGGUCUGACGUAUGUCACGGGUCCCCAUGGCGACAACAACGGAGCUGUUCGUCUCGCUGGAAGUAUGGACUCGUAUAUCGAAUUGCCUAACAAUGGUUACCUGGAUACUAGGUUCUCUCAAACCUUUAUGGCAUGGAUUAAUAUAGACUCAACCACAACUACCGCCCCAGUAUUUCAAUUCGAUUUCCCAACACAAGCGGACGGGUGGGGCUAUUUGGCAAUGUGGCUUCAUCCAGACACCAAUUCUUAUUAUGUCGCCUUUCGUCGUCGUACCGAUGGCUGGGGAAACGAGGCAUCAGCUACCCACGGAAGCUACUUCCUUCAUGAUCAGUGGAUCCAUGUGGCAGUCACAUAUGACUAUACCACUGGCGUUCAUACCGUGUACCGAGAUGGCGAACUAUUUGGAACAAACAGUGUGGGACAGUAUGAAUUGUCUACACAAUACUUUGUUCGAAUAGGUGCUAAAAAUGCUACCUAUAAUGACCAUAGAUUUUUAAAGGCCGAUAUAAGCUGUGUUAAGUUGUACGACGUGGCUCUGAGUGAAUACCAGAUUAAGAAGGCCAUGGAUAUCUGCUCGCCUGAGAACAUUCUAGGGUUCACUGAAGGUGAAGUUCAGCCCCGUCCCGUGGGCAUGUGGCACCUCAACCAGCAAUACGGCGCCAACGACGUUUCUGGCAAUGAGAACCAUGGAAUUGUUGGCUCUGACGUCACGUAUGCACCUGGGCCGAAAAACGAACCGAACGGAGCAUUUGUCUUUUGCAAUACCGCUGACUGUAAUGUCACGAUCCCACAAAACCUUGCUUUGGAUGUUCGGCGCUCCAUGACUUGGAGUGUGGACAUGUAUCCUGAAGAUAGCUCGACGAAUAUGUUAUUUCUUUCGUGGAAAAUGGUUGGCGGCAACACCGCCCAUGGCCCACAUUUUUAUGUCCAACAGGACAAUAAAUUUGGCGCCCUUUUACAUAAGAGAAUAGACUCGGCUGGAAGUACCCAAGGAUCUUCCGCCACAAGUCCUUCUGUGCUUUUUGAGAGGCACAAGUGGGUUUCCCUCGCGUUCACUUAUGACCAAGACACAGGUAUCGGCACGUUGUGGAUGGACGGCGAGGUGAAAUUUAGCGCAGAUUUUGGGCAGUGGGACCUCGGUACUCAGUAUGACCUCCUUAUUGGUACUGGCACGAGUGCUACACACAGAUUUAUUGGACGUAUGUCCUGUCUACAGCUCUACGAUGUGGCGCUUUCUAGAAGCCAAAUAAUCACCGGAAGACAACUGUGCCAGCUACUGCAAGGAUUUCCGAACCCAGUUGCGUUUUGGCCUCUUGAGACGCGAUACCACGAGCUCGAUUUGAGCGGUAAUGGAAACAACAUCAUGAAAUACGGUGUUACCCCCGCCAAAGGUCUCAAAGAAGAAGACGAUGGGAGUAUAGGGUUCCCAACAGAUUCUUACAUAGAAGUUUCAAAUAAUGGAUCGUUGGAUAUCCGUUAUUCUUUCACAUUCCUUGGCUAUGUAUACAGCUCCUCGUCAUCUACAGAAGGACCGAUCUUCAACUUCGAGCAUGAAAAUGCCUCCUCUGGCGGGUUUGGGACCCACGUUAUGCAGAUUGGCAACACCGAUAUUCUGGUGAGACUUGGGUACAGGGAUGGUACCUUGGGACCAUGGUAUAACGUCAGCGGUGUUCUGGACGUGGAUACUUGGACAUAUAUAGGAUGGACGUACAGUUUUGGUUCAGGAAUGGCCGUGAUCUAUAAGAAUGGUUACGAGGUCGCCAGUUCGUAUUUUGGAUCAGUAGAGCACAGCACAAUGGGAGCGCUACGUAUGGGAAAAACUGCCGGGGAUUCCCGCUCUUUCACAGGGAGGCUGAAAUGCAUGCAGCUUUACGACAGGGCACUUAAUAGUACUGAAGUCAAGAAAUCCAUGAAUAUUUGCGGUUCAAAGGAAAAAUCAGCGCAGUACUUUAAGAGUCCAGUGGCACCGGGGCGUGGAUUGCCCGGGUUCCUCGCUUUGUCCACUAAAACGACCUCCUCACUGCUGCGCUGCACUGAAUUCUGCAACAGAGAGAUAACUGCCUCUCUUUCAACUUUGCGCGCCAAUCCAGCGUCUGUGAGAUCACAUCGUACCACACGAAGUUUAACGGAACAUAUGCCAUUGCGGAUCUUGGAGGCAAUUACGUUUAUUAUGAACUAAUGAAUAAUUUAGACUACAU